GGUGCAAAAAAUGCAGUAUUCUAUUAGUCACCUGAUUUCUUCUUCAAUCAAGAUAUAUAAACUGCAGCUCGCAUCUAAUUCAAUCAGUCAUACAGAGUCAUCUGCAAAAGAAACGAAAAUUGUUAAUAAAAUAUUCUAAUAAAAGCUACAAAUCAAAAUGAAAGUUAUAGCUAUCCUGUGUCUUUUGACAUUUGUGAUAGCAGUUAAUGCUGUCCCUGCUGGACCAUGGGAUUGGCCACCAAAUCCAUGGGAUUGGAAGUGUAGACCACCAGGCUUUAUCUGUAACGGUCCGGACCAGUGUUGCAAGCCAUUUAUAUGUAAUCCAUGGGCUGGACGUUGUACGAAAAUCAAAACAACCUCUACAACAACAACGACCGAGGCCAUACCAGACGGUUCCGAUUCUGGUGAAAUUUCCGGUGGAUCAUCUAACGAAACUCCAAAUAAUUCGGGAGAAAAUCCCGGUGGAUCGUCUAACGAAACCCCAAAUAAUUCGGGAGAAAAUCCCAGUGGAUCAUCUAACGAAACCCCAAAUAAUUCGGGAGAAAAUUCCGGUGAUGGAUCAAAUGCAGGAAAUUCAGGCGAAGGUUCCGGAUCGAACGGUGGCAACGGUUCAAAUUCCGGUGAAGGUUCAAACUCAAGUUCCGAAAAUAAUGGAAAUGGAGGAGGUUCAAAUUCUGGAGAAGGAAGUAAUUCAAGUGGUGGUGCAAAUUCCGGCGAAGGUUCAAACUCAAGUUCCGAGGACAAUGGCAAUGGAGCAUCGAAUUCCGGAGAAGGAAGUAAUGCAAGUGGGGGUGACAAUUCCGGUGAAGGAUCGAACUCGAGUGGUGGUGCCAAUUCUGGUGAACAACCAGAGCCAGAGCCUGAACCUGAGCCCGAACCAGAACCUGAACCCGAACCAGAGCCUGAGCCCGAGCCAGAACCUGAGCCCGAACCAGAACCUGAACCUGAACCCGAACCAGAGCCUGAACCUGAGCCCGAGCCAGAACCUGAACCCGAACCAGAGCCCGAACCUGAACCAGAGCCCGAACCUGAGCCCGAACCUGAGCCAGAACCAGAGCCCGAACCUGAGCCAGAACCCGAACCUGAACCCGAACCUGAGCCCGAACCAGAGCCAGAAGAACCCAGUGAAGGAUCUGAAACUCAAUAAAUUUCUUUGUAAUUACAAGUGACUGAAUGUGGAAACUAUUCCAAUCAAAGACGACUGCGAUAAUUAGGAAAAAUAUUUAAUUUAGACGUUUUCGAUUAAAGGUAGAACAACAGAACUUCAUUAAUUACAAAAUGUCAAAAACAAUUUUUUUUAAAUUGCCUAAUUUUCUAAAAUCAAAAUUAUACUCUCUAAAUCUGAAUCAGUGAAAUUCUACUGACAAUUAGUGAAAUUUGACUGAGAAUCAGUGACUCUAUUCUCG